AAACUCGCUACCUUGCGGGGUGAUGCGAUUUCGGAUUUACAAUCAAUAGGUCCGUCGGAAAUAAGAGAUUAGCUUUGCAAAAUUGAAGGUAGAUCCGUAGAUUUCAUAUACUACUUGGACUUCUCAUACUUGGGUUUCUCAUACUACCUGGGCUUCUCAUACUUCUUAGGCUUCUUGGACGACCUCGACUUCUCAUUCGUAUACUCCUACCAAACAUGGCAGACAAAGCAUCGGACAAAGAGAUGAAGAUGGAGUAUACACGGCUGGGCAAGUCUGGCCUAAAUAUCUCGAAGCUUAUUCUGGGAGGCAUGAGUUACGGUUCAUCAGAAUGGUGGGAAUGGGUCCUAAACGAAGAAGCCGCCCUUCCUCUCCUCAAACAUGCAUACGACGCUGGAAUAACCACCUGGGAUACAGCUGAUAUGUAUUCCAACGGUGAAUCCGAGAGGAUCCUCGGCAAGGCCCUCAAAAAAUACAACAUCCCUCGCAACCGCGUCGUGCUCCUGACAAAGUGCUACUUCGGCGUCGCAGACCUUGAAGAGGGACAGCAACGCAUAUACGCAACCCCUGGGAGGGAUACUGACCCCAAGUGGGUUAACAGGGUUGGCCUGAGCCGGAAGCACAUCUUCGACGCUGUUGAUGCCAGCGUCGAGAGGCUGGGCACCUACAUCGACGUCCUUCAGAUCCACCGACUGGACCAUGAGACGCCACGGGAAGAGAUCAUGAAGGCGCUGAACGACAUUGUCGAGAGUGGCAAGGUACGCUACAUCGGCGCCAGCAGCAUGGCUGCGUGGGAGUUCCAGACGCUGCAGAAUAUUGCCGAGAAGAACGGCUGGCACAAGUUCAUCAGCAUGCAGAACUACUAUAACCUCAUCUACCGCGAGGAGGAGCGCGAGAUGAUCCCCUACUGCAAGGACACCGGCGUGGGACUGAUCCCCUGGUCCCCCAUGGCGCGCGGUGCGCUCGCUCGGCCUUACGAUUCGCGAUCCACGGUGCGUGAGGGCUCGGAUCAGGUACUCAGCGGUAUAGUCCGCAAGGAAUCGGAGAUUGACAAGGCUGUCGUUGGUCGGGUUCAGGAGGUGGCCGACAAACUGAAGGUGAGCAUGGCGAGGGUGGCGAUUGCGUGGGCGCUGCAGAAGGGGACAAAUCCGAUUGUGGGCCUCAGCAGCAAGGAGAGGAUUGAUGAGGCCGUUGAGGCGGUGAAGUGGCAGAGUGGUGGGGGGUUGACGAAGGAGGACUGCAAGUAUCUUGAGGAUGGGUAUGCACCCAAGCAUGUGUCGUUUAUAUAGGGCCUUGUCUCAUAUACCCUCACAGAAAAGGAAUGAGGGGUAACAAAAGUAAAAUUUGCAUUAUCCAACAAAUAUAUUCUUAACACUA